AUUCAACAUAGAUCCAGCAGUUUGGAAGAGCUCAGAACUCCAUGUGAUAAAAUUCAAUAAAUUUGUGAACCAAGCCUAGCCCACCACAUUGAGGCUGGGGACUGCAGUUGAUGUAUUAGGGCACUCACACUCAGGGAGGGUUUACAAAACCGCGCGAUUAUCGCGGUUACCGUAACCUUUUCGGUUUUUAAAACCACGGCAUGUCUCGAGGUUACCACGCAGUAAGAGGAACCCUGCUCACAGUGCGUCCUGGAAAAUGCUACGCCUGGGCUUCCAAUUGGGCUAAAGAACCAUAUUAGCUACAUACUUCACAAUGCAUGUUGCUUGGAGUGGGUCCCACCUAUCUCUCUCCACUCAGUUUUAUCUCUCCCUCUCUCUCCUCUCACACUUUCCCCACCAUUCUCUCUCCCGGGCGAACGAAGCGAAGCGGCGGCACGCCGAGCUCCACGCCUCCACCUCUCCUCGUCGAGGCCGAAGGCGGCGAUGUCAUUGUUCGAUAGCGUCGGCGGAGCGGCGGCGGCACCGAGCUCUACGCCUCCAUCUCUCCUCGUCGGGGCUGGAGGCGGCGACGCGACCCAUGCUGCGGGCGGAGCUCCCCGUCCGGCCUCCUCCCUUGGUGGCAGGCAUGGAUCGGGGGGCUGCGCGGCCAGCGAGCUUCGGCUGGCGCAGAUCGGGGAGGACGACGGCAUCGGUGCUUCUCCCCUCCCUCCCCCUUCUUCACCUCUUCUCUUGUGGGCCCAAAAGCUGUAAUUCUGACGAUUCUUGGCGAGGCUCCGAACUAUGUCUAAGUGGAGGGGAAUCUUUAAGCUGGCUGCAUGAGGGAGAAUGAUACCUAGGUGUACUGUGAAUGGCCUUAGGGCACUUGUGCUCGAACACCUGUCGUUAGUGAGGACUGAGGAAUCAGUUGUCGGUUUGUAUCAGUAUCAGAAUUUACAAUCCUUCGCGUGAAAUUUCGUGAUUUCAAGGUGAUUCAAAAUCAGAUUUCGAGAAAUUCAAAUUCGCAACAGUAAAUCCGGUCAAAACUAUUCUCGGCUUACGACAUCUCGCAGUCUCGCUUAUGAAUCCAUGAUAUGAGAUGUGAUACAUUAGCAUUCUAGCACGGCGGUGGCAUUGAACGGCCGCUUCUGCCGAAGAGAGAGAGAUUCCCACCUCCCUCAGUCCCUCCCGCUGCCCGUACCAGUACGAUUACGACCAAAGUUAAACUGCUGUCGAGUUGUACUCGCACUAACUGAUCCACAGCGCGCACCGGUCUCCGCCUUCAAUGCAUCAUCUUCGCCUCUCGACUCAAUCUGCCACUCCCCCAACCAUAUUUACAUCCCCACUCUUUAAUCACCACCCUCCUCUCGCUCUCUCUCGCCAUCGAUCGAUCGUCUCAACCUCAACCACAUUAUUGCAAAUAAUUAACCACAUUGCCAAUCUGCAUUUGCGAAAUGUCGCGUGCUCGCGUCACGAGCUGCUGAAAUACCUCGCUUUCUCCUUCUCCAGCUCCGGUGAUCAUCGGCUGAUCGCCAUGCCGUCGUCUUACCUGAUGAGCAGGAGGUUCUCCUACCGCAGGCUCAAGAAGCUUCCAACGGCGGCGGUGGCGGCGCCGCCUGAUGUGCCGCAGCAGCUGCAGGAGCAGUACUACGCGGCUAUCACCGCCGCCGCCGCGGCCGCCGCGCAGCAUGGCGGCGGCGGCGGCAUUGGCAGGAGGAGGAGGAGGAGGAUGAGGCCGAGGCUGAGGAUCUCGAGGCUGGCGAGGGUGCUGCGGAGGAAGGCGGCGGCGGUGGGCGGCGCGGUGAGGGCGUCGGUGGCGAAGGUGGUGCGGCGGCUCAGGGAAGGGAGCCCCUACGUCGGGGACCUCUUCGCCGGGAACUACAUGUUCAUGCAGGUCACCCCGUCGCCGACCAUGGCCGCCGCCGCCGGCCUGGCCAAGAACGGCGUCGUGCCGUACUACCACCACGGCAUCAUCGGCGGCAAGAACAGCAAGCUCGGCACGACGUGUUCACCUAGCGUGAUGUACAAAGUUAAGUUCAAUUAGUUUGAUUUGACACGUACUACUACUUAAUUGGAUAUCAUCUCGUCAUUAUCUUUUCCUUCUUUUUUUUUUUACGAUUGUCAAAGUGUCAAAAUAAUUAGUUACUCGAGUAAAGUAAAGUUAAUUACUUCUGUAUGACAGGAUGAUUCUGUAGGACAUUGCUUUGAUCUGCUGCAGAAGCAGAAUUAUUCGAUUUUGCUGCGA